AUGGACCUGGAUCCGAGCCAGGACUCCGGAUCCAGCAGCAGGACUAAAGCGGAUGCUGCCGGCCUGCAGGUCAGUGUUGGGUCCAGAACCCGCUCCUUCUCGGUCCGUCUGUCUCCUGCUGACGAACCAAACCUAAAUGGUGAAGACGUGGCAUGGAGAGCAUUUGCAUCAAAACGUAAAGGCAAAGAGAGGCCCACAGGUUACCCCUGUGAUCAGUGUGAGAAAGUCCUGGCCACUUCAUCAUCCUUGAAGGGACAUAAGAAGAUUCACACUGGAGAGAAGCCAAGGCACCAACGUAUUCACACUGGAGAGAAGCCGUACAAAUGUGAUCAGUGUGGGGCAGCUUUUACCACAUCAAGUGAUUUAACUGUGCACCAACGCAUUCACACUGGAGAGAAGCCGUACAGAUGUGAGCAGUGUGGGGCAGCUUUUACCACAUCAGGUGCUUUAACUAAGCACCAACGCAUUCACACUGGAGAGAAGCCGUACACAUGUGAGCAGUGUGGGGCAGCUUUUACUGAUUCGAGUGCUUUAACUAGGCACCAACGCAUUCACACUGGAGAGAAGCCGUACAGAUGUGAGCAGUGUGGGGCAGCUUUUACCACAUCAGGUGCUUUAACUACGCACCAACGCAUUCACACUGGAGAGAAGCCGUACACAUGUGAGCAGUGUGGGGCAGCUUUUACUGAUUCGAGUGCUUUAACUAGGCACCAACGCAUUCACACUGGAGAGAAGCCGUACAGAUGUGAGCAGUGUGGGGCAGCUUUUACUGAUUCGAGUGCUUUAACUAUGCACCAACGCAUUCACACUGGAGAGAAGCCGUACAGAUGUGAGCAGUGUGGGGCAGCUUUUACCCAAUCAGGUGCUUUAACUAAGCACCAACGCAUUCACACUGGAGAGAAGCCGUACAGAUGUGAGCAGUGUGGGGCAGCUUUUACUGAUUCGAGUGCUUUAACUAGGCACCAACGCAUUCACACUGGAGAGAAGCCGUACAGAUGUGAGCAGUGUGGGGCAGCUUUUACCCAAUCAGGUGCUUUAACUACGCACCAACGCAUUCACACUGGAGAGAAGCCGUACAAAUGUGAGCAGUGUGGGGCAGCUUUUGCCACAUCGGGUGCUUUAACUAUGCACCAACGCGUUCACACUGGAGAGAAGCUGUACAGAUGUGAGCAGUGUGGGGCAGCUUUUGCCCAAUCAAGUGCUUUAACUACGCACCAACGCAUUCACACUGGAGAGAAGCCGUACACAUGUGAGCAGUGUGGGGCAGCUUUUACCGCAUCAGAUGCUUUAACUACGCACCAACGCAUUCACACUGGAGAGAAG